AUGGCGUAUAGUUAUAAUAUCGAAGAGGUACCACCAGAUGACAUUCCCUGCAUCGAUCAUGAUAUAAGAAGAGCUAAAAAGUAUCUGCAGAAACAUAGUCCAGAGUCAGGUGAUAGUCUUUACGAUCACUUGACGGAAGUGUUAGCUAAGAUACUCGCUGAGAGACCAAGGAAUGUGGUGGAUAUUUUCGAAGAAAUCAGCAGGAAAGUGAAGGAAGAGAGGUUUAAAACUGAAGAUAAUCAUCUUCGGGAUUUGUACGUACCACCCGUGCAGUAUAAAGAAGCCAAGAACCUCAUAAAGCUGUUCAAAGAUGUCCAAGGUAUGGAUGCAGGUGAACAAGAGAGGCAGGCUGAAGAAGAGGAAGAAGGAGAAGAAGACAAGAGAAAAAAGAAGCCAAAUAUGUUGGAUCUUUUAUAUUAUUUUGAACAAACCAAUGUGGGAUUACCUCGUAGCGAGAUGGUGGUGCUUAAUUUAUCUAUUAGAAAACUUAUGAGCGAAACUCCUAUAGAAAACGUCAGAUUUUGGGGGAAAAUCCUUGGAAACCCAAAAAAUUAUUACGUAGUGGAGGCAGAUCUGCAACCGGAAGAAUUGAAUAGCAGACUACAGAAAAUAACAGAAGAGGAAGAACAGAAGCGGCAGGAAGAGGAAGCUAAAGCGGAAGAAACGAGGAGAGUUGCAGAAGAAACUACUGAAACUGCAGAAAAAGAAGCAGAGGGAGAUGCUGAAGAAGCUGAAGCAACAGACGAAAAAGAGGAGGGAUUAAAGCUUGUCUUUCCACCCCUGCCUACUCAUUCGUGGAAACCGCCACCGGAAGUACCUUCAGAGAGAAUAGGAAGUGGAGUGAAUACUAAAGUGUAUUUUGUAUGCAACGAACCAGGUUUGGACAAGUGGAUCGAACUUCCACCAGUUACUCCCCAGCAGAUAGUAAUUGCACGACAGAUUGUUCGCUAUUGCACCGGAAAUUUAGAUACACCGUUUUACACUUUCCCACCUUUUCCGGGAAAGGAAAAAAAUUAUCUCCGCGCGCAAAUAGCCAGGAUCAGCGCAGCUACGUUGGUUUCGCCGAUUGGCUUCUACACCUUUGGCGGAGAAGACGAAGAGGAGGAACUGGGAGAGGAAGUUGCAGAAACAGGAGCACUAUCUGAGAAUGUGCACUACGAUCCUCGACCUAUUAAGGACUUGAUCGACCCCUCUAUGUCAAACUGGUGUCACCAUGCUCCUUAUAUUUUAAAACAAGGUCGGAUUGUUUGGUGGGAUCCCCGAAGAGACGAUGAUCAGGCUAGAAUGGGAGAGGAAGAGGAAUUAGACGAAGAAGAAGAAAGGGAAGAAGAAGAGGGGUUGGGCGGAGUUAAAAAAGAGGUUGGACCACCCCUUUUAACUCCCUUGUCAGAGGAUGCUGUUGUAGAUACAAUAACACCUUGGACAGGAACGCAGUCUUCUCGAAUACUGCCAGACCUUGCUGUCGCGUUAAUUCGAUCGAACAUUUGGCCGGGAGCGUUCGCGUUCGCCUCUGGAAGGCGUGUCGCUAACUUGUACAUCGGCUGGGCUCAGAAAUACACCGCUUACAACUAUAGCCCACCAUGGAUGCCACCUGUCCAGGAUCAGUACAAAGUUGGUCCUGAGAUUAUGGAGAUUAAGGAUCCCACCUUCGAGGAGGAGGAGGCCUAUCGAAUUUCAAAAUUGCCACCACCACCACCUCCUUUACCAAUGGGUGAAGAAGAAGAAGAGGCAUUGGACGAGGAAGAAGAAGAGGAGGAGGAUGAAGAUGAAUGA